AUGGCCCCCAAAUCCAGCAACUCCAAAUGCAAAACCCCGCAAGACCUCCACUUCAAGCCUGGCUCCAUCGUCGAGAUCAGCUCCGACGACGAUGGAUUCCGUGGCUCCUGGUAUGUGGGCACCAUCAUCCGCCGUGCCUCCACUAAGAACCCUAAUAAAUACCUUGUCCAGUACGAGAAACUAUUCAAUGACAAAGCGGGCAAGAAACCUUUAAGGGAAAUUCUUGAUUUAGUGCAGUUGAGGCCUGUGGCGCCAAGGGAGAAACAAAGGAAGUUUAAGUUCGGCGAGAAAGUGGAUGCAUACCAUAAUGAUGGGUGGUGGGAAGGAUCCAUUACUGAAGAGUGUGAGGAUGGGAGGUUUGCUGUGUUUUUUAGGGGGACGAGAGAGCAGAUUGUGUUUGGAGAGGAGGAUUUGAGGUUGCAUAGGGAGUGGGAUAAUGGGGAAUGGCAACCGUCAUUGGAACGGGUCCAAGAAGAGAAACAGGAAGAGAAUGAGGAAGAGGACGAGGUAAAAGAGGAAAAAAAGAAAGACAAGUUGAAGGAAGAAGUGGAACCAAUGAUUACCAAAGAAGUGAAGCCUAUUGAAGCAAUGACAGAGGAGAAGGUUAGCAAGGGAAUGCUGGUUGAGGAAACACUGAUUUUAAAAGAAGUGAAGCCUAUCGAAGCAAUGUCAGACGAGAAGUUUAGCAAGGGAAUGCCAGUUGAGGUUAGUAGUGAUGAAGAAGGUUUUGAAGGUGCUUGGUUUGCUGCAACUAUUGUUGAAGUGGUCGGAAAGGAUAAGUACCUUAUCGAGUACCAGAGCUUGAGAACAGAAGAUGAUAGUGAUUUUCUAAGAGAGGAGGUUGACAUUCUGCACAUAAGGCCCCGUCCCCCAGAAACCAUAGUUGUUGAUCGUUUUAAAUUGCUGGAUGAAGUUGAUGCUUCAUACAAUGACGGUUGGUGGGUGGGUGUUAUUGCUAAGGUUCUUGCUGACUCAAAGUACAUAGUCUACUUUAGGGACAGCGAGGAGGAAAUGAUGUUUCGACACUCUGAAUUAAGGCUGCAUCAGGAUUGGAUCGGUGGUGAAUGGAUCUUGCCUUCAUUGGCUGUGAAGCUGUGAUUUCUGGAGAAACUUCAAGGGAUUUGCUAUGAAAAUCUGCAGCAUGACUGUGCAGAUAUUAGCAUCCAAUUCCACAUUGCAUUCUUUGGUAGUUGUGGAUACCAAAUUUUCCCAGCUUUGUUGCCUGACAAGUUGCACAUCCUUGUCUGAUUGCCUGCUAAUCUAGUAUUAGACUUGUGUUGAUUCCUUUUAGACUGGGGGCCUUCUAGUGCAGCCUCAAACUGCUUCAUUGAAUCCAAAAACAAAAAAAAAAUUGUUAGUCCGGUGCUUCUAGUUAAAUUGUAAAAUUGUCACCGGAAUGAAAUUUCAAGUUUCUUUGCUCA